ACAAUUGUCUAUAGUUAAGAUGGCAGGUGAUGAAAGUGACAGGUUUGUAAAUAAAUAGGCAAUUCUAAAUUUAUUCUGAUUUUUUCAUCAUUUUUCGACAUUCACGGUAUUUAAAUUCACCAUAAUAAAAUUGAUCUAAAGCCAUCAAGUGUCGUAAUAAUAAGAGAAGUUUACGACAGCGAAAAUGCUCACAUUAAAUUUGAAAUGGAAUUGGAAAGAGCACUUGAGGCCGGCGUGAGUGUGAUAGUUAUAGAACCAGAGCCCCUUGGAGAAGAAACAGCUCGAUGGAUUUAUGUAGGAAAUCUUUUACAUAAAGUUUCCGUCUACAGCGGACUUUGUAGUAUCGCUUCAGGUUUAGCAUGGAGUUCACUGGCAUGUGCUCCAUUUGGAAUUGUCUCAGUCCUUUGUGCGGGAUGCUACACAUUAUCAUGGCAAUGGGACCCGUGCUGCAAAUAUCAAGAAGAGAAAAAUCGUCGUCAUUUAUCUACUCUGCCAUUAUUAAGUGAACUUACAUCAGCAUCUCCUGUUGUACUUGUUCAUACUGACAAUAAAAGAAAAAUCUUAUUACAUAGUACUGUAUCCGUAACAGCUGCAGCCAUUUGCCUAUGGAGAUUAUAUAAUAUAUUUAAAUGAAUGAAUUAGUCUAGUAGCAUAAUUUUAGCACCAUGCUUUAAAUGCCAUCAAAUGCAUUGGUCUAGAUUGUGUAUUUGAUUUACUUCUACUAAUAUUUUAGUGCUUACUAAUGGGAUUUCUGUAAGCAAUGAGGUGUACUGUAAGUAGGCUAUUGUAGGAUGCAGUGUAAAAAUAUAUAUAAAUAUGAAUAGUAGAAUUAGAUGAACAAGCCUGUACAAAAAGAUAUUUUCUCUAUUAAUAAUAAUUGCUUUUAGUCAAUCAAUUAUAAUACUUUGUUGAAAGGUUAUAUUACAAUAUAAUGUUAACAGUGAUUUUAACUGUUGUCACUGUUAUCAAACAAUAAAAUAUUUAAAACAAGAA